UCGGUGGACCAGCCCCUAAAUUCCUCCUGGCUCCUACAGCCCGCCCUCUAGGCAUUGCAUUUCUGGACGCUUUUAGACGGAGCUCACACUUGGCUGUCGUGGUUUCCCCGGGAACUCUACCCAAAAGAAGAAGCGGCAAGAAGAACAUCUGCUUUGUGUGCAGGAAAGUGGUCGUGCUACCAGCAAAUCUUGAGGCAUCUGUGGAAUUGUGAAGCUAGAUUUCAUAUGGUUGUCGACAGGGAGGGGCAGACAAGGACCUUCUUGUUUUCCUCGUCAUGGAUAAUCUGUUGCCUCAAUCUAAAUUCUCCUACUUCAAAAAACACCCUCUCCAUGCGAUUAGAAAAUAUGUCUCGGUGCUGAGAAAAAACCAAAGAGCGGAAGAACAGGUUGCACGUUUUCAAAAAAUUCCUAAUGGUGAAAAUGAGACAAUGAUUCCUGUAUUGACAUCAAAAAAAGCAAGUGAAUUACCAGUCAGCGAAGUUGCAAGUAUUCUGCAAGCUGAUCUUCAGAAUGGUCUAAACAAAUGUGAAGUAAAUCAUCGGCGAGCCUUCCAUGGCUGGAAUGAAUUUGAUAUCAGUGAAGAUGAGCCACUGUGGAAGAAGUAUAUUUCUCAGUUUAAAAAUCCCCUUAUUAUGCUGCUUCUGGCUUCUGCAGUCAUCAGUGUUUUAAUGCAUCAGUUUGAUGAUGCUGUCAGUAUCACUGUGGCAAUACUUAUCGUCGUUACAGUUGCCUUUGUUCAGGAAUAUCGUUCAGAAAAGUCUCUUGAAGAACUGAGAAAACUUAUGCCACCAGAAUGCCAUUGUGUGCGUGAAGGAAAAUUGGAACAUACACUUGCACGAGACUUGGUUCCAGGUGAUACAGUUUGCCUUUCAGUUGGGGACAGAGUUCCUGCUGACUUACGCUUGUUUGAGUCUGUGGAUCUUUCCAUUGAUGAGUCCAGCUUGACAGGAGAGACAACACCUUGCUCUAAGUUGACAGCUCCUCAGCUGGCUGCGACUAAUGGAGAUCUUGCAUCAAGAAGUAACAUUGCCUUCAUGGGAACACUGGUCAGAUGUGGCAAAGCAAAGGGUGUUGUCAUUGGAACAGGAGAAAAUUCUGAAUUUGGAGAAGUUUUUAAAAUGAUGCAAGCAGAAGAAGCACCGAAAACCCCUCUGCAGAAGAGCAUGGACCUCCUAGGAAAGCAGCUUUCCUUUUACUCCUUUGGUAUAAUAGGUAUCAUCAUGUUGGUUGGCUGGUUACUAGGAAAAGAUAUCCUGGAAAUGUUUACUAUUAGUGUAAGUUUGGCUGUAGCAGCAAUUCCUGAAGGUCUUCCCAUUGUGGUCACAGUGACUCUAGCCCUUGGUGUUAUGAGAAUGGUGAAGAAAAGGGCCAUUGUGAAAAAACUGCCUAUAGUUGAAACUCUGAGUUGCUGUAAUGUCAUUUGCUCAGAUAAAACUGGAACACUGACGAAGAAUGAAAUGACUGUUACUCACAUAUUUACUUCAGAUGGUCUGCAUGCUGAGGUUACUGGAGUUGGCUACAAUUCAUUUGGAGAAGUGAUUGUCGAUGGUGAUGUUGUUCAUGGAUUCUGUAACCCAGCUGUUAGCAGAAUUGUUGAGGCGGGCUGUGUGUGCAACGAUGCUGUAAUUAGAAAUGACACUCUAAUGGGGAAGCCAACAGAAGGAGCCUUAAUUGCUCUUGCAAUGAAGAUGGGUCUUGAUGGAGUUCAACAGGAUUAUAUCAGAAAAACUGAAUAUCCUUUUAGCUCUGAGCAAAAGUGGAUGGCUGUUAAGUGUGUACACAGAACACAGCAGGAUGGACCAGAGAUUUGUUUUAUGAAGGGUGCUUAUGAACAGGUGAUUAAGUAUUGUACUACAUACCUUAGCAAAGGACAGACUUUAACACUCACCCAGCAGCAGAGAGAUCGGUCCCAACAAGAGAAGGCACGAAUGGGCUCAGCAGGGCUCAGAGUUCUUGCUUUAGCUUCUGGUCCUGAACUGGGACAGCUGACAUUUCUUGGCCUGGUGGGAAUCAUUGAUCCUCCUAGAACUGGUGUGAAAGAAGCUGUUACAACACUCAUCGCCUCAGGAGUAUCGAUAAAAAUGAUUACUGGAGACUCACAGGAGACUGCAGUUGCAAUUGCUAGUCGUUUGGGAUUGUGUUCUAAAACUUCCCAGUCAGUCUCAGGAGAAGAAAUAGAUGCAAUGGAUGUCCAGCAGCUUUCACAAGUACUACCGAAGGUUGCAGUAUUUUACAGAGCGAGUCCAAGGCACAAGAUGAAAAUUAUUAAGUCUCUACAGAAGAAUGGGUCGGUUGUAGCCAUGACAGGAGAUGGAGUAAAUGAUGCAGUUGCUCUGAAGGCUGCAGAUAUUGGAAUCGCAAUGGGUCAGACUGGCACAGAUGUUUGCAAAGAGGCUGCCGACAUGAUCCUGGUGGACGAUGAUUUCCAAACCAUAAUGUCUGCAAUUGAAGAGGGUAAAGGGAUUUAUAAUAACAUUAAAAAUUUUGUUAGAUUCCAACUGAGCACGAGUAUAGCAGCAUUGACUUUAAUCUCACUGGCUACAUUAAUGAACUUUCCUAAUCCUCUCAAUGCCAUGCAGAUUUUGUGGAUCAAUAUUAUCAUGGAUGGACCUCCAGCUCAGAGCCUUGGAGUAGAACCAGUGGAUAAAGAUGUCAUUCGUAAACCUCCACGCAACUGGAAGGACAGCAUUUUGACCAAAAACCUGAUACUUAAAAUACUUGUUUCAUCAAUAAUCAUUGUUUGUGGGACUUUAUUUGUCUUCUGGCGGGAGCUACGAGACAAUGUGAUAACACCUCGAGACACAACAAUGACCUUCACAUGCUUUGUGUUUUUUGACAUGUUCAAUGCACUAAGUUCUAGAUCCCAGACCAAGUCUGUGUUUGAGAUUGGACUCUGCAGUAAUAAAAUGUUUUGCUACGCAGUUCUUGGAUCCAUCAUGGGACAGUUAUUAGUUAUUUACUUUCCUCCACUUCAGAAAGUUUUUCAAACCGAGAGCCUAAGUAUACUGGAUCUGCUGUUUCUUUUGGGUCUCACCUCGUCAGUGUGCAUAGUGUCGGAAAUUAUAAAGAAAGUUGAGAGGAGCAGGGAAAAGAUUCAGAAGCAUGUUAGUUCAACAUCGUCGUCUUUUCUUGAAUUGACCAGAGUUCCUUUUGUCACUUAGCCUGCUUAUUGAAGACACCCAUUUCCAAAUCUCAGGUGGAAUUUCAUUAGCUAGAACUCAACCAGGAAGAGCACGACCUAAAGAUUUGAUUAAAAACAUAGGAGAGAGAUUUUACGAGUGGAAUAUGGGACAUACAACAUUCUGCUUCAGGGCAGAUGAUCCCAUUGCCUCCUGUACCUCAUCUGAAUUACAUCCCAUGUCUUAAAGCCAAGUUCAAAAGCCAGGUCUGAGAAUCUCCUGAUUUUACUUCUCUACACCUGGGGACUGCUGUCUCACUGUAGCAUUCAGUCUGCACUUUGCCAUUACGCAUCUGACAGAUGGCUUCAUCAAAUGUUCUCUUAUUUCACUGUGUGUUGUCUCUCCACAUGGCUUAUGUCUCCUGGGGGUCAGGUACUAUGUCAUUAUUUCUUUGGUAACCCCAUCAGAUAAUGUGGUGUGCUUAUGACCUCUCAUUUAAUACAUACAGAAGAUACAUACUUGGGUAGGUAACUUUCCUGAAUUCUCACAGUAAGAGUUAAUGGGCGUUAUUAUAUUUUAACUACUGCGAGGCAGGGUAAUUUCAAGUAAAUAGCUCUGAUUGAAAUGGCUAAAGAAGGGAACUGGACUUCUUAGUCUACUGAAGGAGGGCUCCUUUGUUUGAAAAAUUCCUUUCAAUGAAAGAAAAAGAUGACUGAUACAAUUCAUUUAAUUUUUUAAACUAAACUCUUUGCCCAUAUACUCUUCAGUUUAGUGCCUGUGAAAUCAGUUAUUUAUCAGAGUGAAGUGGGAAUGAGUGGUUUUCCAUGCAGAGUUAGUGGUUUUGAAAACCAGUGUUGAUGAGCCAGAAAAUACAAUGCUGAUAUUGGUAUAUUUUCCAGAUUGGUCCCCAAAUCCAGGAAUUCAAGGAAAAGAGAUUUUUGAUAUAAAAGGUCUUAGUGUAUUUCUAGUCCACAUUAGACCCACUAUUUGCUGGAAAAAUACAUAUCUUCUCAAAAAUACAUGCAUAUGACUGCUCUUUUCUUGAUCUGGGAAUAACCAUUUUAGAGACAUUAAAAAACUUCUAAGGACCCCCAUGCACUCUUCCUAAAAUAGUAAUAAUAGAUUCUGUUAUUGCUGCAUAAUUUCUUCUUAGUGUUUCCUCCUUCUCUAGACCAGGAUGCUUGUUUCUUAUUUUGUUGGGGGCUGCCUGGAUUUCAACCUCUGCUGUAAAACCUGGAGCAUAUCUAAAGUACUCAUCACCCUGCCAUAGUCUCAUUUACUAAGUUCUUAGAGGUAUAUAGUUUUGUGUUUGGCAUCCUAACUUCUGUUUUCCAAGGCCCAUGAAGAGGAAGCAGUUUUAAUUUUUUUUUCUGAAAUGAUAUCCCAGCCUCUGCUUAGAGGAAAUAAUUGAGGUAGGACUUCUUUUUUAAAACAUAGCUGGCUGAGUUGCUGCAAUUGAAAGGAACAUGAGAAGUACAAAUAUGCUUUCAAAUAUAUGUAAGGAAAGCAGAAGUUUCUUAAAUCAGGUUGUAUUUAUUAAAAGCAGAAUACAAAAUAUCUUGGAAUUCAGAGAUUACCUAUUGUAAUGUCCCCUAAUAGGUUAGUUCUAAAAAAAAAAAAGUUAAUCAUUUCAAGGCAGAUAACAGAAACAUUUCAAGUAAGGAUAAUACAUCUGAUUGCAGACUGAGUUUAUUCAAACUCUGAGGCCUCAGUAUGUUCCUCCAUGUUUUCAACCAUUAAUAGCCCAAACCGAUUGCUCCUCUCAUACCAGCAUCUGUUGUCUGAGAGGGUUCCCACACUGUUCUUUGACCGGCUGGCACCUUGUUUCUUUCGCCUUUUCUUUUUAGAAUUUGAUUUACCCUUUGGUAGGAAUAAUUCAGGAGGGGCAUAUGACCUUGUGGCAUUGAAUAGGUGUUCAUAAAGUUGCGUGGCCUCAGGACACGUGCUCAGAAGACUUUCUACAGAGGUUGAUGUUAGUUGUCGGCAGAGUCCAUGCACCAGGCUUCCACUAUACAAUCUGUUCAACAGGGGGAGAGAGAGAAGGGUGUUAAAGCAGAGGUUCAGUCACUGGGACACCAUCAUUAACAUGGCUUCAACGAAUGCAUCUAAAAACACAGAGCUCUUCUACAAAAUCAUUAUUAAAAUUAUUUAAGAAUAAUCUGUUCCUUGAAGGAAGGAACUGAGUUGUUAUUAAAAAUAUUAUGUCUUGGCUCAUGAUAUUUUUAACAUCAUAUUCAAUGAUGGAUGCUUGCUGGUUGACAACUAGACCAAAGUUGAGCAGGCCUCUUAACACUUCAAAAAAAAGGAAUUAAAAAUGCCUUUGAUAAACCAAACAGGUAGUCUGUUGAAGUAAGAGAAAAUUUAAUGGCAUCAUUUGCAAGGUCAUUAUUCACCUUGGACUAAAAACCUACUUCAUAAAUAUAAGAUGGGAUUAACUGGAAGCCACAAUUUUAAUAUGUAACUUAUUGCCAGUGUUGAUCAACUGGUGCCUUAAAAACUGAUGUAGAACCAUCAUUGAAUCAGUGUAAAAUCAUCAUUUAAAAAACCUUAGUAGUGCUGAGAUGCAAGAACAGUCCUCUUCUGAAAUCACAAAGAGAACUGUUUGGUCUUGUUUAUCCUGUUGGUUUUUUUUUGGUUUUGUUUUUUUUAAAUGGAUUACUGGUAACUGGAGAGGAUCCAGUCAAGAAUGACCUAAAUUAUUAAAGGCCAGACAUAAAGUAUCCAUAGGUCUAAGGCCAAUUAAUCUUACUUGGUAAAGGGUUCUAGGGUUAGCUCGCAUAUGAGGCCCAGAAACAUAUUAACAACACUAUUCACUGCUAGGAAGCUUUUCACUGCAAAACAUUUUUUUAAAGUUUUUUUAAAAAAAUAUAUUUUAUUGAUUUUUUACAGAGAGGAAGGGAGAGGGAUAGAAAGCCAGAAACAUCGAUGAAAGAGAAACAUUGAUCAGAUGCCUCCUGCCCACCCCCUACUGGGGAUGUGCCAACAACCAAGGUACAUGCCCUUGACUGGAAUCGAACCUGGGACCUUUCAGUCUGCAGGCCGAUGCUCUAUCCACUGAGCCAAACCAGUUAUGGCUCACUGUGAAACAUUUAAAGUCACACCAGCAUAUUUUGCAUGCCUCUAUAUAUCAUUCAUUUAGUCAAUAAAUAUUUGCACACUUACAAUAUGCUAGGUACAGGGACGACAACAGUACAUAAAAUAGACAAGUACCUGCCCUCAUAGAGUUUACAUUCAAGUGGAAAGAAACAAAGUUUAUACAUAAUCUCAAUUCCAUUUUUUCUAACCAUCUCCCUUUUAUCUUCAAUCCUUCUAGUAAGUACCUCCCGGAUGGACAGUCACCAGGAUGUCUAAUCCAUUUGUCCUACCCCUUUUUCACUGGCCCACACACUGCUAUCAUUUCUUUCUCACCCAGCGUAAACUCCCUAUCAGACAUUAUACUCACUUCCUGGCAUACAGGCUGCCUCUCCCUUCACACUUGCCUGGCAAAGAAAAGCCUGAGAUAAAGUCCAUUUAAGCAUCUAAUAGUCAUCUCACUAGACGAAAACCUCCAAGACAGUAGAUAUUUUUUUUUAUGUUUUGUUCAUUAUAACAAAGACCAGAGUAGGCAUUUAAUGAAUAUUUGAAUGAACGAAUGAACAAUACGCCAACUGGUAAGAAAUGCAAUUAUGAAAUACAAGAGUAAUAGGAAUAGAGUGACUGGAAGUAGACAGUAGUAAUAUUUCAGAAGGAUGGUCAGAAAAAGUUUUUAUAAAGUGAUGUUUGAAGAAACUUAAAUGAAGGAAUAAAUUACAUCCAACCAACAACUGCCUCUUUUUAUUACUUUUACUUUGGAACUAAUUUUCUUUGGGAAUAUAGAAAUAAUUUAACAUUUUUCCUGUGUCCAGCUCUUUAGCUGUCAUAGUGUUCCAAGACCAAUUACCCUAAGAUUAAUUUUUAAACAUAACUUUUUUGCUUUAAAUGUAAGUAAAGUAUUUGCUUCUGUGUGCA